CAGACAACCGUCAACUAGUGUACACACGGAGCUCAAUGGGGCUACAUGGCCCGCGGGCCCCGUUACCAAGCACUACCCCGCCGUGUCAAAAGGUUCACCUUCGGUUGGAGAGGUUUUGUUGUUUACCGACAAUGGAGUGCUGUACCGCACGCAUAGUUUCCAAAUCCUGAAUAUAUUGUAUGAAUUUUGACUACUGUAUAUUAUGCAAGGGAAUCUCGUUAGCCCGCGAGUCGUAGAACGGGACAUCGAUGAAUGGAUUUGGUGAAGUUAAUGUUGGUCCAAAACAUGAAGUGAUCAAAAAGAGAAACAUUUUGGAGUAGGCCUACCGGCGGAUACUGUGUGAGGGUACUUUGUAUCCGGGAUGAUAAAGCAUUUACACGAUGCCAGACUUGGGGCCAAAACUCACAAGAGUUCCUCACGGUAGCGACUGACGUCACUUUUUGACAAUAACUGUUCUUCGCCAUGUUGGUCACCGGGAACGUGAGUCCACGAACACGCAGGCGCACUGACCACACCCCGCGUGGUCUGAGAAGCGUGACCCAAAUCAAGCGAGUGACCUCCACCAAGGUGGCGCCCUUCCGAAGCCCGCCUCGGGACGUCUACUUCUCCAUAGAGAAGACCAUUCCACACGGUGAUCAUGAGGUCCGCACGAGACCUAACAGCCGACAGAAUGCCGAUACUAUGCAAGACUACUUCCCUUCUGUGUCAACGGAACAGGCAUCCCGGCCCAAUUCAAAAGCUCAGCCCAGAUGCGAGUCAGUACCAAUCACAAAUACCGACCCAGCUAACUUGGAUUCUACUGAUGUCGAUGCAACACGUAGUUCGACAGCCCCACCAAAUAUCGACUUGUCCCUCAAACUGUCUGACUUGGAAAACCUCAACAUGAGAGCAGAUGAUGUUGCCACGGUUGCCAUCGAGAAAGAGCAGCAAAAGUUCCACACGGAGCGGCGACUCAACAUCUCCUCAGCCAUGGGAGUCCGGCAGCACGGCUCCCCUCGGUAUGCAAGCCUUAGUGGUACACCGACCGGCAGGCGGAAACGCCGAGAGCGGGAACACGCCUACCUGUGCAUGAAGUUCCGCGAACGGCCGUGUGUGAGAACUGAGAGCUUCCUGAAUGAUGACCUCUACGAUCGAGUAAACAACAUGUCCCGGGAAUGCUGUGAUGUUCUCGGGCCCAAGGCCUGCCACGAGUGCGACAGGCUGAACAGACGUAGCAACUCUGCCCUCCGGAAUGAGGCCAACUUCCCGAGCAUCCACAUCUCGGCUGCAAACUUCUCCACGAUGACGAUAGUCAACAGGGUCAGGCCUGAGUUGAACUCCAGACAGGUGUUAGAGAGACUCGCUCAAGGAGACAUAUCAAGACAGUCAUUCAGCCGACAGAGAACCAGCUCUGAUGAGAAGAGGCAGGAGCAGGAUAGCGAGGUUGACCGUCCAGCACGGCGAAAAAAGACUAGCGUCAGCGCUUUCACAGUGCCCGACGGGCUGGGUUUCUUCACCAACUUCACCGACCUGACCGCCCAGAUCUUCGCCAAGAAGCGAGGGGAGAGGAGCGGUCGACCCAGGCAUUUCAACCAGGGAGUCGGGGAUUCCAGCAACCUACCUGCCAUCACCGACGUGGAGUUGGUUCCCAAGAAGGAGUGGGAACGGGAGAACCCGGCCAACUACUUCGGCCCGCCCAUGCUGACUCGUGCUGAGAUUGAGCGACAGAAGAGCCACCCGCGCUUCUACGCAGGCGCGGGUGCCAAGUACGAGCUGCCCGAGGCGCCCUCUUUUGACGAGAUUGCUUUUCAGGCCAGUGGGGCGAGACAUAAGAGGAUUCGCCAACUCGAGGCUAGGUCGGAUACACCUGAUUCGGAGAUAUCCCUUUUCAGCGUGAAAUCCUCACAUAAAGACGACGAACAAUCAGUGGCUCCGAGCGAGACUGAAACAAAUACAGUCAGUGAGGAUACAGAUGCCAAAACGACUGUCCAAGAUUUAGACAAUAAUUUAGAAGUCGAACCGGACUCUUCGUAAAAAAAAAUCAAAAAGAGGUGGCACGGAUUAUGCGUAUUCGACAAGGAUGUUAAAUCAUCGCUGAUACUAAAAAGAAACUUGUAAUAAUAUUUUAAUGCGUUAACUUCAUAAUACUGUACUAAUUGAUUUUUUUUUCAGUAGGAAAUUUUGUACGUUUGUGCAAUUUAUGUACCUUUUAUAUUUAGUGGAAAAAUAUCACACCUUUCCGUCCAGAUAUAAUUAUAUCUGUGCAAUUUUCCUAUUUAAAUUUGAACCGUUUUUUUUUAAACAUAGUUCCAAUAAUAUGUUAUAUUCAAAACUUGUUGAAUAAGGCCCCAAAAAUAGGUCUGCUUCCGAUUACAUGACAUUUGAAAAUAGGGUAGGGAGGUAGGGAUUUUUUUGUGUGUACGAUCAUAUGGAGGCGUCUGCGUGUAGUCAAGGGUAAAAGGUAGUAAUUGAUGUUUUUUUCCCCCGCAUUUUCCCAUAUAAACAAUUAGGGUAGGGUAGGGGCCGUCAAAAUAGGAUAGGUAACCGGAAGCAGAACUAUUUUUUGGCCGAAGCUUUAGAAUGAAAUUUACUAAAAAAAAUAUAUUUUGUUUAAAUAUCAA